AUGUCCAGUGAACUAAAAGAUUUGAAACGGCAGGAGCGACAGUUACAAAGCACAUUCAACGGCGCAAAGCAGUUUUUGCUAAAAUUCAAACCGGAAAGGCAUGCCGGUCACGUUGAUAGUCGAUUAGAGCUGCUGGAAGCCGCGAUGAAGAAAUUUUACUCGCUGCAGAGAAAAAUCGAGUUGUUAGCUGACGAAGACGAUGAUAAGGAAGCAUUCGAUACUAAGGAAACACCAGGAGAUCGUGCUGCUCGUGUUGGAACUCUUGCUGAAAGGCGCGAGGCCGACAAUUUUCAGAUCCUUCAGAGCGCUGAAGACCUUUACUGUGAGCUCAAGUCAUUGCUGCAGUCCCUGAGACCAGGAACAUCAAUACCGGUCCCAGCUGACGUUUUGCCAGCUCCAGCACAGGCUCCUUCUUGUUCGUUGUCGCGAGUAAAGUUGCCCGAAAUUCGCUUACCUAGUUUCGGAGGCAAAACUAGCGACUGGGUCACCUUCCGUGACAUGUUUCUGAGCCUUAUUCAUCGCAACGAUCAAUUGAGUGCAAUCGAUAAAUUUUCGUACCUGCGAUCGUCGCUGGUUGGUGAAGCAUUGCAAGAGAUUGGCACGAUAGAUAUAUCUGUAGCCAACUACUUGAUCGCAUGGGAUUUGCUCAAGAAGCGUUAUGAAAACCGUAAGUUGAUAGUUAAAGCCCAUCUCGAUUCCUUGUUUGCCAUUGAACCAAUAAAGCGUGAGCAUUACGAUGCAUUGAGUCAACUUAUUAGUGAAUUUGAUCGUAACCUUCAGAUGUUGGAGAAAGUUGGAGAAGAUCCGUCCCAGUGGAGCACAAUUUUAGUUCACAUGAUGUGCUCCAGAUUAGAUCAAUCAACCUUGCGCCAUUGGGAGGCACAUUAUAGUUCGAAGGAAGUCCCCACAUACGAUGCUUUGAUGACGUUUCUUCGGAAUCAGUGUUCCGUUCUUCAAUCUAUAGCACCAGCAAAGCCUGUGCAUUGUGAGAUGAAGAAGCCCAAGUUUACUGUCACUCACACAUCCGUGCAAUCUUCUAAUCGGUGCCCAUUCUGCGGCGAAGGUCAACAUUCAGCAUUCAAGUGUCAGAAGUUCAUCAAAAUGAAGGUGUCUGAGCGGUAUGAUAUGGUGAAACGCUCUCGGUUGUGUUUGAACUGCCUGUCUCCUGCGCAUCUAGUUCGAUCCUGUACGAAGGGGUGUUGUCAGCAUUGUCAUCAGAAACAUCAUACUCUUCUACAUUCUGGAGUAACCAACGGCGGAAGAUCAUCAGCGUCAAUCCCGCAGAAUGACUCCUCCGUCCCACGAGUACAGAAUCGACCACAGACAACGAACACUCAACAAACACAGCCACAAGCCCAGAACCAAGCCACACUCACUCAGUACACUGGACCAUCCACAAGCUCAUUUCCUACUGCAAAUACAAAUUCGCAUUCGCAAUCACACCCACCACCCACCACAGAUCGUACUCCCAUUACAAGCUCUUUACCCGCCAACAUCUACACACCAAAACGUCAAGUUUUAUUAUCCACCGCGUUAGUGCGCGUGUCGGACAUUUAUGGAAAUGCUCAUUUAGCUAGAGCGCUCUUGGAUUCUUGCUCAGAGUACUGUUUCAUCACCACGACUCUUUUUCAAAAGUUAAAGUUGGCUGAGACUGCCAGCUAUUUGUCCGUAGCAGGGAUCGGUGGUUCUGUAGUCAAAUCUACAAAGAGCGUAGAGGCUACAGUAUCGCCUCGGUCAUUGCACAUUUCUUCCUAUUCCGAGAAGGUGCAGCUGCACGUCUUGCCGAAGCUCACCUCCAAACUGCCUAUGCAGGCGGUCAAUAUUAGGACUCUCGCCAUUCCGGAAGAUGUUACGUUGGCAGAUCCAAAUUUCUGCGACCCCGGACCAAUUGACCUCAUCAUUGGUGCUGAGUACUACUACGAUCUGCUGCUGAAGGAAAAGAUGAAGUUAUCAGAAGACGGACCCACAUUGCAAAAAACUGUCUUCGGAUUUGUUGUGUCAGGACGCAUACCCGAGUCCUGUAGCAGUAGAAGUACCUAUUCUGUGGAAGAGACGACGUGUGAAGAGAUUUUCGAACGAACGACCGUUCGCGAUGCAGAUGGAAGAUUCGUCGUCACGCUUCCCAAGAAGGAGUACAUCAUCGAGCAACUGGGAGAUUCAAAGGCCAUAGCAUUGAAACGAUUCCACGGAUUGGAAAGUCGAUUGGAAGCAAACGACACGUUGAAAAGAUUGUAUGGCGAGUUCAUUCAGGAAUACCUGUCCAUGGGUCAUAUGCGAGAAAUUGACCAAGAAUAUUGCGGUGCACAGUCCUAUUACAUGCCUCACCAUGCGGCAUUGAAGCCCGAUAGCACAACCACAAAGCUAAGGGUGGUAUUCGACGGCUCUUGCCGUUCGUCGACGGGAGUAUCCUUGAAUGAUGGACUGAUGGUAGGACCCGUCGUGCAGGAGGACUUGCUGUCCAUCAUAUUGCGUUUUCUUUUUUGGAGAUUUGUGUUAGUAGCGGACAUAGCUAAAAUGUACCGUAUGGUAAGAGUAGCAGAUGCAGAUCAACCACUUCAGCGCAUCUUGUGGAGAAAUUCACCGAACGAGUCAGUGAGAAUUUUCCAAUUGACCACAGUCACAUAUGGUACCACUUCCGCGCCUUAUCUCGCAACCAAGUGCCUUCAACGUCUUGCAAGUGAUGGUGCAACCUCGCAUAAAGCAGCAGCGAAGGUCAUUGAGAAGGAUUUUUACGUCGACGACCUGUUGACGGGCACGGACAGGUUGGAAGAAGGAACCGUUCUCACAUCAGAACUCAUUGAUCUUACGAGUUCGGCAGGGUUUGAGUUGCGCAAGUGGAGUUCCAAUAGCUUUGAACUUCUUUCGUCUAUUCCACCUCUUCUCCGAGACGAUCGUACCAUACUGGAACUCGAUUCGUCCAGAUCCACAGUCAAAACGCUAGGGUUAAUAUGGGAGCCAGGCAAAGACUGUUUUAGAUUUGCUGUACCGCACUGGAGCACUGAGCCAAUCAUCACCAAACGUAUAGUACUGGCCGACACAGCUCGUAUCUUCGACCCUCUCGGUCUCAUCGGUCCAGUCAUCGUACAGGCAAAAAUUUUCCUCCAGGAGCUUUGGAAGCUUAAAUCGGAUUGGGACGAUCCGUUGCCAAAAGAGCUUCAGAAUUUCUGGAUUGAGUAUCGAUUGAAUCUAUCCGCUCUCGACACACUCUCAGUUCCAAGAUGGACGGGCUUCAGAAGUAACCUAGCUUCAACGGAAAUCCACGGAUUUUGUGACGCUUCAGAGGUAGCAUACGGCGCAUGUUUGUACCAUAGGUGUAAGUCAGUCGACGGGUCAGUCACUGUUCGGUUGAUUACAUCCAAAUCUCGAGUUGCGCCACUAGAAGAUCUCACUCGGAAGAAAAAGAAACAAUCCAUCCCCAGAUUGGAGCUUUCCUCAGCAUUACUGCUUAGUCAUCUCUAUGAAAAGCUAUGCAGUAGUUUCGAACCACCCGGCAAGGUAUAUUUUUGGACAGAUUCCAUGAUAGUGAAGUGCUGGCUAUCAUCGUUACCUUCCCGGUGGCAAGCAUUCGUUGCCAAUCGUGUAUCAGAGAUACAGCAUAUCACUAAGAAGGGAGUGUGGAACCACAUCGCCGGUGCAGACAAUCCGGCAGAUAUCAUUUCGCGGGGAAUGACACCCACACAACUACAGUAUCAACCUCUGUGGUUUGAAGGCCCUCUGUGGGUAUGUCGAGCACAUUCUACAUGGCCAGAGUCAGCAGUCAUCCAGUCAGAGCUGGAUAGUUCUCUUUUAGAAGAAAAACCAUCUGCGUCACUUCCGGUUCAAACAAAGCCUCAAAGUGAUAUAUUUUUGCUGAGAUCCUCGUUCCCGGAUCUCGUUCGGAUAGUAGCAUGGAUUCGUCGCUUCGCUUACAAUGCAUUACCUCGCAACCGCAGUAGCAGGCGUCUAGAACACUUGUCAUCGACGGAAUACAAUGAUGCUGUAACGAUUUUGGUUCGAGUUGCUCAACACGAGAGCUUUCCUGAAGAAAUAGCAGCUUUAUCGAAAGGUGAACCAAUAAAGUCAUCAUCUAAAUUGCUCUCGUCAAAUCCUCGUUUAGUUGAUGGUAUUCUCCGCGUCGGCGGUCGAUUAGCUCAUGCACCAGGGUCAGAAUAUCGUAAGCAUCCAAUGAUUCUUCACCAUCAACACCCACUGGCAAAGCUGGUCAUGGAGCAUUAUCAUCGUAAACUGUUUCACGCCGGUCAGCAACAUCUCAUAGCUUCGGUCAGAGAAAGGUUCUGGCCAACUCGCAUUCGCGAUUUAGCACGUUGGACCAUCCAUCGAUGUGUUCAAUGUUUUCGCAACAAACCCAAAGUCCACGAGCAGCUAAUGGCUGAUUUACCAUCCGUUCGUGUCACUCCUGCAGCGGCAUUCCUGAAAGUUGGAAUCGAUUUUUGCGGACCGUUCUACAUUCGCUAUCCAGUUCGUCGGAGUACGCCGGUGAAGUCCUUCGUAUGCAUUUUCGUUUGCCUUGCGACCAAGGCAGUCCACAUGGAAGUCGUAGCAGAUCUGUCAACGCAAGCAUUUCUGCGGCAUUCAAACGCUUCGUAG